UAAAAUGCUUUGCAAUCAAAUUUUUGUUAUCAUUUUAAAGAAUCAUUAUUAUAAGCAUAAUAAACUAUAAAAUAAAUAUUUAAAAGAAUGGACGAACAAAUCUAAGAAAUUAUACUAAUUGAAAAAAACAAAUCUUUUGCUAUUUAAUAAAGUUUAUUAAUAACCGAAAGAUGUUUUUUUUUUCGUAAAUUUAUAAUGAUUAAGAUAUUUUCACUGAAAAAAAAAUUGAAUUAUUAGAAGAUAACGAACCUUAAAAAUGUUAAUAAGAAAAUUGGCUUAGAACACAUAUAUAAGUUGAGAAAAAUGAUCAUUCUACAUUGGAAUUUAUAGAUGAUCUUUAAGAUAAUUUAAAAUAAAAUGACAAAAUUUCUUAUAAAACUUCUUUUACUAGCAUUAAAAUGUUUAAAAAGGACGAUGAUAAAAAAAAAAAAAAUGCAACUGAAAUCAAAAAAGAUAAUAAAAAUUAGAAAUUUACAUAUGAUUAUGAAGGGAAACUACUUUUUGUAAAACCUUUAAAACUCGAUAAACUACCUCCUUCAAAUUAUACAAUAUCAUACAAUUGUGAAACAAAAGAAGACGAUAAAUCUAAGAUUUCUGAUAAAAAUUAUAGAAAAACAACAAUAUAAAAAACAGUUUAAGAAAAUACAAAAAAAUAGAGUUUUUAAAAAACUGAAGAAUUAUAAAAUUUGGGAAUGAAUAACAAAAUUUAAACUGGAAAAAAUCCUUUUUCAUUUGAAGAUUUUAAGCCUUCUUAAGGAGUUACUUUAAUUUUUGAUUCUAUUAAAAAUUUUUAAAAUCAAAUUCUGAGAUAAAGUAUAUUUUAAAGUCCUGGUAGUGUAAAAAAUUACAAGUUUAAUAAACAAGAAAGUCCUCUAAAUUCUUAUUUAUUGAAUGCUAAUGGAAAAUAAUAGGAUGAUUUUUAAUAUUAAGGGAAUAAGUCUUCUUUUAUUAAUGUUUCA